AGUACAAUAAGGAGCCCUCGGCGAUAACCGAUAGAUCAAUACUAGAGUAAAAUCAAAAAAAGCAAGAGAAUUUUCGUAAGAGCUGGUGAAACAAAUCCAACGAGCGUUUUGACCGUUACCGAAGCAGAAGAAGAAGAGAAGCAACCGCGACCAUGUCCAACUUGAGGAAAUUCAAAGACGAGGAGCGCGAGUCGGAGUACGGCCGUGUCUACGCGGUUUCGGGACCAGUGGUCACCGCGGAGGCCAUGUCGGGAUCAGCUAUGUACGAGUUGGUCCGCGUGGGCUAUUACGAGCUGGUGGGCGAGAUCAUCCGUCUGGAGGGUGAUAUGGCCACCAUCCAGGUGUACGAGGAGACCUCCGGCGUCACCGUUGGCGAUCCCGUCCUGCGCACAGGAAAGCCCUUAUCCGUGGAGCUGGGACCCGGCAUCAUGGGCAGCAUUUUCGACGGCAUCCAACGUCCUUUGCGGGAUAUUGGUGUGAUGACCAACUCCAUCUACAUACCCAAGGGUGUCAACACAACCGCUUUGUCCCGCUCCGAAAUGUGGGAGUUCAAUCCGCUGAACGUGCGAGUGGGCUCGCACAUCACCGGAGGAGAUCUGUACGGAGUGGUCCACGAGAACACCCUGGUAAAACAGCGCAUGAUUGUGGCGCCCAGGGCCAAGGGCACCGUGCGAUACAUUGCCCCUGCGGGUAACUACAACCUAGAGGACAUUGUUCUGGAGACUGAGUUCGACGGCGAGAUCACCAAGCACACCAUGUUGCAGGUGUGGCCAGUGCGUCAGCCACGUCCCGUGACCGAGAAGCUGCCCGCCAACCAUCCACUCUUCACCGGACAACGAGUUCUCGACUCGCUCUUCCCUUGCGUCCAGGGCGGCACCACUGCCAUUCCCGGAGCCUUCGGUUGCGGCAAAACCGUCAUCUCACAGGCCCUCUCCAAGUACUCCAACUCCGAUGUGAUCAUCUACGUGGGUUGCGGCGAGCGUGGAAAUGAGAUGUCUGAGGUACUGCGUGACUUCCCCGAACUGACCUGCGAAAUCGACGGUGUGACCGAGUCCAUUAUGAAGCGUACUGCCCUGGUGGCCAACACCUCAAACAUGCCAGUGGCUGCCCGUGAGGCCUCCAUCUACACCGGUAUCACUUUGUCCGAAUACUUCCGCGACAUGGGCUACAACGUGGCCAUGAUGGCCGACUCCACCUCCCGUUGGGCCGAGGCUCUGCGUGAAAUUUCGGGUCGCCUGGCUGAGAUGCCUGCCGAUUCCGGCUACCCGGCUUAUCUGGGCGCCCGUUUGGCCACCUUUUAUGAGCGUGCCGGUCGCGUCAAGUGCCUGGGUAACCCCGAGCGCGAGGGCUCCGUGUCGAUUGUGGGAGCUGUGUCGCCUCCUGGUGGUGACUUCUCCGAUCCCGUGACCUCCGCCACUCUGGGAAUCGUGCAGGUGUUCUGGGGUCUCGACAAGAAGCUGGCCCAGCGCAAGCACUUCCCCUCGAUCAACUGGCUCAUCUCCUACUCGAAGUACAUGCGUGCCCUGGAUGAAUACUAUGACAAGAACUUCCCCGAGUUCGUGCCGCUGCGUACCAAGGUCAAGGAGAUCCUGCAGGAGGAGGAGGACCUCUCUGAGAUCGUGCAGCUGGUGGGCAAGGCCUCACUGGCCGAGACCGACAAGGUGACCCUGGAGGUGGCCAAGCUGCUGAAGGACGACUUCCUACAGCAGAACUCCUACUCGCCGUACGAUCGCGUGUGUCCCUUCUACAAGACGGUGGGCAUGCUGAGGAACAUCAUGUCCUUCUAUGAGACAGCCCGGCACGCCGUGGAGUCCACAGCCCAGUCGGACAACAAAAUCACAUGGAACACCAUCAGGGAGUCGAUGGGCGGAAUUAUGUAUCAGCUAUCUUCGAUGAAGUUUAAGGACCCCGUGAAAGACGGUGAGCAAAAGAUUAAGGCGGACUACGACCAGCUGUACGAGGACUUGCAGCAGGCCUUCCGAAAUCUGGAGGAUUAAGCGGUGCCAGCCAAGAACAACAUCGGGAUUCCCUAGCAAGAGGAAUGGAAAAGAAGCAAACCAAACGAAAUAAGAAACCAAAGCUAGGUUAUUAUUCGAAUUCCCCAUUCAAUCUAGUCAUAUUUACAUAAUGCAUAAUAAGAUAUUUGAAUCCAAGUUUAUUUAUAAGUUAAACAAACAGUUUGGCCCGCUUCAGGUCUAGUCAGGUCAGAAUCGAAUCAACAGAAAAUACACUGAACAAAAACACACGACGACGGCGAGUUAGGAAAGACGAACAAUAAUUAGUCGGUAGCGCAAAUGAAACGCAGUUAAACCAGCCAUAUACAUAAAUACCAUACAUAUACGACACAUAUGUAUAACUAUCUAUGUUGAUAUAUAAUUAUAAUUCACAGCUAUGUAUUGUUAGUAAAUUUUCAUAUAGUUAUCGAUUGUGUUCGUUCCCCUAUUGUGUGAAACUAAACCAACUAAACGAAUCUAAAGAGAGUUUGAAACUUUACGAAAUUACAAUAUUAUAUAUUCCUACAUAUUAUAGACCUUUAAAGAAUGCAAUAACAACGUAGCCCCAAAAGCAUGUAGCUCCACUACCAAAGAAGUAUAGAUAUUUCAGUAACUUGUGUGUGUUGCAAAUGGAGCUAUGGAAAUAAAAUGUAUUAUGAAUGUUACAAAAA